CAAGGUGGUGUUUUUAAGGAAAAGAGCGGCAGCCACACUGCAAAGCCAAUUGGAACUAAGAUAAUUUUUGUAAAUUUUCUAAAAUUAUGAUGCAGAAAAGAUACAGCGAUGCAGUGAAUCAAGGCACUGAGUUAGUGCUCAGGACGAGGAAGUAAUUGCUUCAAGAUAAACACCCCGUAACGGCGACUAUCCCAACGAAAACAAUUGCACCACAGCCACAAAAACAACAACACAUCACAUCAAAGUCGCCAUCAACUUGCUGCAGUGCAAAAUGUUUGCCCAAAAUCAUAAAACUAGCUUCUUGGAGCAAAACAAGGCGGCGCGGGAAGAGCGGGCACUGGAAAAGCGCCGAGAACAGGCGGCCAUUUUGCUGCAGGCCACCCUGAAAGGAUAUGCGGCUCGCAGGAAGUAUCAGAAAAGGAUCAUCCAUGAUUUCGAUGCCAUGUUCACGGAGUGUCAGGAUGACAAGGAUGCCGAACUGGAACUGCUGGCCAUCAAUGUCUACCCGGUGCUUCGACGCUAUCUCACACAAAUCAAGCUGGAUAAGAGCGAUGUGCGGUCGCGGGAGCGUUUGGAGCGCAUCUGUCGGUAUAUCAUCAAGGCCAUGGAAGCGGAGAACACGAAGCUGUCAUACGCCGCCCUUUGUCUCUUCAAGGAGCGAAGUCUGCCGUGGAUAGCGCACAUCAAGAUACUUCUCACCAACUGCCUGAUAUUGCUGCCUGAGCUCAAGCCGGAGAACCAUGCCGACAGCCUAACCUUAGCCCUCUUCCUGCACACAUUGGUGGUCUUCACGGCGCCCAAAUCCUGGGCGAUACUCAGGAGUGCGCAGUUCGAGAAGCUGCAGCCGGCCAUGCAAAAGAUCUGCUGCAAUAUUCAAGGGCAUCUAGUGCAGCACGACUUCUACAGAACCAUGCGACUCGUUUUGCUGCGGGGCACGGUGCGCGAGGAGUUGUCCGUGAAACCCGUCACCCUGGUGGCCAUCAUCACGCUCUGCCUGCGUCCGCUGAUCGAUGGAAACUUCAGUCGUAAUCUCCUGACCAAAUUCCUUUCGGAAAUUAUGUCUGUGCCCGCUUUGAUCUACCACCUUCACCAGAGUGUGCCGCAAUGCCUGGAUCAGUUCUCGUCCUUGGGGCUGCUGAAGAAGGCUUUGAGCAUCUCAGAGGACUUGGAAUGGUUUAAGGAAUUCAGCGCUAGCAUGCCAGGCACCAAGUCGUUGGCUUUUCUGGGAAACAUAGUUAAUCUGUUUAACAUUGAUGGCCAAGCUGAGUCCAAGGACUUGGCAUACCCACUACUGCCUAAAACCACUAAAUGGCUGCUGGAGCUUAUACCCAACACGGUGACCACCAAGGGAGUCUUCACCCAAUGGCACGAGCUUUUGGGCUGGCAUACUCCCGGUCCAGAGCCAGCUCAAAAUCAGAACGUGGCUCUGAUUAAGAAGCAGUUUCACAUGCUAUGGGAUCAUCGCUGUAUAAAGCUGCUGCUGGGAGAUCUGCUGAAGGACAUCAAUCAAAACUACGAGCGCAUUGAGUUCCAAUCCCCCCAGCAGCCUUCCACGUCGAAUCUGUUGCGACGGGCCUUGGAGCGCAGCUCGACGAGAGGAGUUAACUUAAUAGGUGGCACGAACAGCAAGCAAAACAAACAGCAGUGGCGCAAACUGGACAAUGAGGAUGUGGUGCAGGUGUCCCGCAUCUGUAGCAUGUACUAUGCUGCCCUCAACACUCUCUCCCAAAUGAAGCUAGACAUACUGACUGGCAUUUGCUACAACGACAAUGUGCUAUACGAUAUUUGGCUGCUAAUAACUUCCCUGGGUCCCAGCUGCGGCAUGAAGGAGUACCUGGAGCUGCUUAAGUCCGAGUCCAACCUGCAGAAGCCACAAACUGCCAUGCUGAUGCUGUUUUGCGACUGUAUGACGCACUAUGUCACGAUUUUGGAUGAAUACGAAAUGUACACGGAGCAGAAUCCUUUUAAGCUGAAUGAUUAUGUGAUGCUGACCUACUUCCUUAACAAUAUUCUAUACAAACUUAUCAACGAUAAUCUUCUGGCAGGGGCCAAGAACAUUACUCAGAAUUCUGUUUUCCACUCGCUGCACACUUUAAUGCUCUGUUUGUAUCGCCGAGACUGCCGCCGCCCAUUCACCCCGCCCAACCACUGGCUCAUACCAGAGGUGAAGCCCUCAACUUUCAUCAACGAUCUGGAGAAGGCUAAGCGCAACGCAAUGCUGCUGUUGGCCAAGAUGCCGCACAUUAUACCGCACGAGGAUCGGGUCAAGCUGUUCCGAAAGUUUGUGCAGAACGAAAAGGCGGUGAUGGGACUGACGGAGAGUGCUUGCGCUUCGCCGCGUUCUGCUCUGAUCGUCAUCCAUCGCGAGCGGAUUGUGGAGGAUGGGUACAGGCAACUGGCUGCGCAGCCAACGCAAGCUUUAAAGGGCGUCAUCCGGGUGCGUUUCAUCAACCAGCAAGGACUUCACGAGGCGGGCAUUGAUCAGGACGGCGUGUUCAAGGAGUUCCUGGAAGAGACCAUCAAGAAGGUGUUCGACCCGUCGCUGAAUCUUUUCAAGACCACCUCAGAUCAGCGCCUGUAUCCCUCGCCGAUUUCCUACGUCCAGGACAAUCAUCUGCAGCUCUUCGAGUUCGUGGGUCGCAUGCUGGGAAAGGCGGUGUACGAGGGCAUCGUGGUGGACGUGCCGUUCGCCUCCUUCUUCCUCUCCCAGCUGCUCGGCCAGACGCAGCAGGCCCUGUACUCCUGCAUGGACGAGCUGCCCUCGCUGGACAACGAAUUGUACCGCAGUCUAACCUUCAUCAAGCACUACAAGCAAGAUGUGGCCGAUCUUAACCUGACAUUUUCCGUGGACCAGGAUGUGAUGGGCAAGAUUGUGACGCAUGAACUGCAUCCGGGUGGCAAGGCGCGUGUGGUCAAUGACCACAACAAGUUGGUCUACAUCCACUAUAUGGCCUUCUUUCACAUGAACACGCAGAUUAGGGAGCAGACGAUAGCGUUCAAUCGUGGCUUCCGCAGCAUUGUCAAUCCGGAGUGGUUAUCUCUUUUUUCGCCACCCGAACUGCAGCGCCUUAUUUCCGGGGACACCGUCCCAUUGGAUUUGAAAGAUCUACGCAAGCACACACAGUAUUAUGGUGGCUUUCACGACUCCCAUCGCGUGGUGGGCUGGCUCUGGGAUAUUCUGGCCAAGGAUUUCACGGAGGAGGAGCGAAAGCUGUUUUUAAAGUUUGUUACCAGCUGCUCGAAGCCUCCGCUUUUGGGUUUCGCCCACCUGGAGCCUCCCUUCUCCAUUCGCUGUGUGGAGGUGGGUGAUGAUGAGGAUACGGGGGACACGAUUGGAAGCGUGAUCCGGGGUUUCUUUACCAUACGCAAGAAGGAUCCGCUCAACCGCCUGCCCACCUCGUCCACCUGCUUCAAUCUGCUAAAGCUGCCGAACUACCAAAAAAAGUCCACGCUGCGGGACAAACUUCGCUACGCCGUGAGCAGCAACACCGGAUUUGAGCUGUCCUAAAGCAGCUUGAAGCUCUUUCUCCCACUCUUACUUCCUUAUUUAAUCACACAUUUUGUAUGUUACUCCUUUUUAAGGAUCUUUUCGUAGGCAAUUCGGUGUAAAUGUGUUUUUAAUGCUUUGUGUUCGCAUCACAAUCGGAUUGGAAAACACAUUUAAUCAAUCUUAAACACAAUUAUUAACAAAUAAAUAUAAACGUAUAGCUGUGAUAAAACUAUAAUAAACUAAACGAAGAGUACACAAAAAUACCAAGCUGAAUUACGAAUACUGGAACACACAAUCCAUUUUGGUGGCUGAUGAUAAAAACAAAAAAGAAAUGUGUCUAGUAAAUAAUGUAAACGAUUGUGGCCUGGCACACACAACAAAUAUCUAACCCACGUACAGUGUAAGCCAAAAGUUACAUGUAAACCACGAACAAAAAAAAACCAGCAACAAUAAAUCUAUGUGUCUGAUUCAUGUGCAAAAUGUAA